AGACCAAAGAAGCUAUUUUAUUUUACCCGAUGUAUACUAAAAUUAAUAAUUGGGUAGUGGGCAAAGCAAGAUUCACUCCUCGAUUCAACCACUUGAACAAAAUUUUGAAAUUUCUCUUAUUCUCUCUGUGUGUGCGAGCAAGUUAUAUAAUAUAUAUUUGAAACAAUUAAUUACAGUUGGAAAUUCAAGGCUUCAAGCUAGAGGAAUUUAUAAAGAAGCCCAGUUGGGUGUUGGAAGCUCCAUAUAAUAUAUAUGUUUGUGUAUGAGAGAAUUGAAAGAGGGAGAAGGGGGGAAGAUAAGGGAAAUGAAGAGGAGCAGAGAAAUAGAGAAAAGCUCAGAGAUAAACUCUGCCAUUGAAGAGCUAUCUAUGCUGGUUGUAGUUAAACCUGGAGCAAAUAAUGAGAUUGCACACAUCCCCACCAAGCCUUUCCUAUCUCUAUGUUACUUGGUUCUACAAGUUCUUGAUAAGAUAGGGCCAACAAUGGCUGUUUUGAGACAAGACAUUCACCAGAAUAUUAAGAGGUUGGAAGUGAUGCAUGAAUUGAAUCCCUCAGUGAAUUCAAAUUUGGUUGAAAUAUUGAAGUCAGAAGCUAGCAAAGGCAUCGCAAAGAAGAGGUUUAGUUGCAGUAAAGCAUUUGCUUGGCUCACUAGGUCUCUGGAUUUCUCCACAGCGUUGUUAGAAUCAUUAGCAAAAGAUCCUAAAAAGAAUAUGGAGCAAAUAGUUCAAGAGUCUUAUGCUGCAACUUUGUCACCAUGGCAUGGAUGGAUAGCAUCAGCUGCUUUCAGAGUGGCUAUAAAGCUAGUACCAGAUAGUAAAACUUUUAUGGAUCUCCUCAAGGAAAAAGAUGAAAACUGUGACACCCAAAAGGAGAAAAUGCAGAUCUUGGUUUCUUUGCUUGUGCCUUUUCUUGAGGAUAUUCAUCGUAUCAUUAAACUGUACAACUUAGACAGGCUUAAGUCAACCUGAAGAUAGAAGAACUAAUGUACAGCAUCGUGUAGUGUAUAUUUUGGUUUCCUUCCCCACUGUUUUCAUGUGAAUAACUUGUAUAGUAAAAUUUGUAUCAAUACAACUUUGUAAUUACAGUUUUGCAUUUGGGUGGUCAAUAUAGAUUUUAUACAUUAAAUUUG